AAAGCGCUGAAAAUGUCUUCGCACUGAAACCCUAAUCACGGGAUGGAUCUUCUCUCCGCGGCCUACGGUGCCACCUCUGACGACGACGACGGCACCGAGGCCACCCCAACCCCAAGCUGGGCCGCGACGGGCUUCUCCUCCGCCGCUGGACCUCCCCCGAAGCGGCCGCGGUGGGAGCGUCCCCAGUACCUCCCACCGCACCCACAUCCCAUCCCUGAACCGGCCUUGCCGUGCGCGCCGCCGCUUGCCCACCCCGCUAGCGGCAGGUACGUCUCCAAGAGGGAGCGGGCCCUACUGGCUGCGUCGCUCUCGCCCGUGGAGUCCUCGUCGCCGCUUCCUCCAUCCGCGGCAACUCAGCGGGAUUCUCCUGCUGUUGGAUCUAUCUGUGAUUCAAAUUUGCGAGAUGAUAUUUUUCACUCCUUGCGAUGCCAACCAAAACCUGGAUCAACAAGAAGGUUGCCUUUGAAGCUCUCAGUCUCUUUGGCGAGUCACACCAAAGCAGUCAAUUGUUUAGAUUGGUCACCAAGCCAUGCACAUCUUCUCGCUUCUGCUGGAAUGGACCAUACAGUCCACGUAUUUAAUGUUUGGAACAAAGGAAAUACAACUGCUCGUGUUUUCAAAUUUCAUACCGCUGCUGUGAAGGAUGUGAGGUGGUCCCUUAAUGGGUUUUCUUUGCUUUCUGGAGGGUUUGAUUGUUCCUUACGGUUAGUUGAUGUUGAGCAAGGUAAAGAAAUAAAGGUGUUCAAGGAGGAUCAAGCUGUGGAGGUCAUCAAGUUUAAUCCAAGCAAUUCAAACCUCUUUCUGUCUGGUGGGUCUAAAGGUUCUCUUAGACUAUGGGAUAUUCGAAGUGGUUUGGUGACUAAAGAGUACCAAAGAAGUCUUGGCACCAUCCUUGACAUUGAAUUCAGUUCUGAUGGUAAACAGUUUAUCUGUUCAACAGACACAUCCAGUAGUAAUAUUAGUGAGAAUUCUAUAAUCUUAUGGGAUACCCUUCGACAAGUUCCUUUAUCUAACCAGGUUUAUACAGAAGCAUACACGUGUCCUUGUGUGAGAUACCACCCAUUUGAAUCUUCUUUUGUCGCUCAAUCCAACGGCAACUACAUAGCAAUGUUUUCAGCAAGGUCACCAUUCAAGCUUAACAAGUAUAUGCGGUAUGAAGGACAUGGAGUGUGGGGUUUCCCAGUGAAGUGCAAUUUUUCUUUUAGCGGGAAGGAACUUGCAUCUGGUUCAUCCGAUGGCUGUAUCUAUUUUUACGAUUACAAGUCAUCGAGAAUUUUGAGCAAAAUAGAGGCCUUCAAAGAAGCCUGCAUUGACGUCGCAUACCAUCCUGUUAUGCCCAAUGUGAUUGCUUCAUGUAGCUGGGCCGGUCAAAUAUCUGUUUUCGAAUGACAGUAAAGCGUGCUUGUUUCCCCAUUUCGUGCCAUAGAUUGAAGCUAUCCUGUUCACUGGUGCGGUCUUCCUGGUCGCCUGAUUCGAGUUAUUCGCUCCAUAUUUAAAGGUAUGACGCAAGACUCUAAUGGCAUCCACAGAGAAAACGAAGAUAUUUCAUAUGCAAGCGGAUGAAAGGCUCCAAGCAAACUGAUCAAACUGAACAUCAUGAAUACGCACAAUGAACCUUUCCUUACACGUGUAUGUCCCACGUGAUUUUUACGCCAUACUCACACAAACAUACACUAUACUUAUAGAACUAAUAUGUAAUUACAAAUGUAAUAGUCUCAAGUAACCUAAUAAUUUACUAAUAGCUUAAUGCUAGUUACGUUAUUACUUCAUACA